AUUUUCUCUCUGAAAAAAGUAGAGAAGAAAUAUGAAGUUUUUAGAGCUGAAACUCCACGCGAUGAAUGCUGUGAAAUGGUACUUCAACAGGAACUGGGGAAGAGAAGACCUGAUGAAAUCUGGAAUAGUUAAGCUGGAAACUCUCGAUGUCUUGAAUGCGGUGUAUCUUACUUUCUACAAUGUCAUGUUUUGCUCUACUGUUGGAUCCUACUUGCACUUGUUCUGGGAAGUGGGAGGGCUGUUCACAGUCCUCUGUUCCGUAGUAAGUUUACUCUGGCUUUACUUUACACCACCAUGGAGACUGAAGCUAAGGCGCUCACUAUUGAUGAUUUAUGCCUUCUCCUUUGGGGCUUCUGUUGGCCUUCUUACAAAAUAUCUCUUUGAAAUGCAUCAAAACUAUGUUGCCAGCUUUUUUGCAGGUACAACAGUUGGCAUCGCAUAUUUCAAGUUUGAAGUCACAAUAACAAGGGAAAGGAGCCACAUCUACCACGGUGGCCUGCUUUAUUGUUGUCUUGUAACGUUAGCAGUCUUGCUUGUGAUUGGCAGUCUUAUCCGUGACAGCUACACAGUCCUAGCCAUCCUAAAGGUAACCGCUUCGGUGAUAUUGUUCCUGGGUUACUUUGUGGUAUAUAGCCAAGAGAUAUUCUAUGAUGUUAGCUUUGGAGAUAUUGACUUUAUCCAUCGCGCACUCACUGUCUUCUUCAAUUUACCGGCUAUAGUGCUCCAUGCUGCAAGAGUAUGCCUUCCCUUUGGUGCAAAAGUUAAUCAAACUGCAGAUUAGGAACUGUAAAUGAUGAAAAAGUAUUCCUUUGUGGCUAACAUUUUAGUCAUUGAAUAUUUCUGGGCAAAUACUGAUUGCUGAUUACCUACCUUACCACACAAAUAAACUUUGUGAUUAAGGAACUCUUGAAUGCUAAUAGAUCAAGUAGUACUUACUAAUAAGUGUUCUUUCUUUUUUUCAAGAUGGUGCAAUGAAGACUAUUUGAAUUGUUA